AUGCAAGUCUGCAUCUUGCCAGUACCGGUAUCCCCCCCUGGUGGAAAUCAGUCGGCGGCCGGCACCACCAACCCGAUCCGCCCGUUCUUUGAGUGGUCGGCCCUUGGAGUGAGGUCAGUGGCAGGCCGUGGUUUGGCGCCGUCUGGGACUGCCAGCUGGCAACUAAAGUGCGCCGCCUUGGCCAGGCUCGCCCCGACUUGUCCGGCCGCGCUGCGUUUGCUCUUUGUCCGGAACUCUUCUCCCUCUUCCAUCAUCCAACUCUCCCCAUCGCAAACCCUCGAAUUCGAGUCCAACAUCGACCGUCUCGCGCCGGAUUCUAUUCCCCUUGCUUUUUUUUCUUUUCUGAUCCCUCCCCCCAACACGCGACCAGCCGGCGGAGCCUGUGUUCGCUGUCGCAAAGGCAAGACAAAGUGCGUCUAUGAUCGCGGUCCUGGCAGCCCGUGCAAAAACUGCUCCAAGGGCAUGCACGACUGCUAUCUCCCAUCCGAGAGCGCUGCCCAUCACAACGGCCAGAGUCCUGCUCGCCACGCCAACCCGUCUCGCCCCUCGCGCGACAGUCUCCCGGCCUCCGGGUCCGGGUCCUCUGACACCAGGCAAGCCGUUGUGGGCUCCAGUGGUCCCAGGCAUAGCCAGACCAGCUCCGAAAAGCUGACCCCCGAGCUCGUUGCCGAGUGCGAGCGCGUCGUCUCCAAGACCUUCCCGGCUUGUGUCGCCUUCCACAAGCCUUCCUUUGUCCAGCAGCUCAAGAAUGCCUCGCUCGAGUCGACUCUUGUCUACGGCCUCUUGGCCUGUGCCUCUCGGAGCUCCCCAAGCCUCAUCCGCCGCUAUGGCUCCUCGACCCAGGCCGCUGAGACGUACGCCGCCAAGGCCAUGACCCUCAUCAACGGCAACCUGGACCAUCCCAACCUGGCCGACAUACAGGCCCUCUGCCUCGUCAUCAUCCAUGAAUGGGGUUCGCGCAAUGCUGUCCGUGCCUACACCUAUCUCGGCCAGGCCGCCCGCAUGCUCCAGAUGUAUCGCAUUCUCAACAGCCACCAUGCUGGCGAGAGUGGCGACCAGUGGUUGAGAGAUGAGAGCUGCCGCCGAACUCUUUGGCUCAUCUACAUUCUUGACUGCCUCCUCACAAGCACUCCUGGUCGCUUCCCCGCUUUGACUGCGCAGGAUACCGCCACCGCCUCGUUGCCUUGCACGGACAUUAACUUUGCCUUUGGCAAUGCCGUCUACGUCAAGUCACUGGUUCAGUACCUCAACCGCGACACUACCUCGCCUAGCCAUGGACCCACCGCCGAGAUUGGCGAAUAUGGCUAUAUUGUCAUUGCCGCCACUCUUUGGCGUGACGUCGUCGGCAUGCUCACCACUAGCCCACUCCAUGGCUAUGAUGAGGAAGACUGCUCCAGUCUUAUUGCCAAGAUUGAGGACCUUCGCGCCAACUUGCCAAUGCAGUACGUCGACAAGCCUGGCCAGAUCUCCUUGCAUAUGACCAUGGGUUCCGGCUACACCUUUGCCAUGCUACACUGCCUUUUGCACUGCGCCACCAUCUUUGUUCACCGACGACGCCUGCUUCAGGACGUCUAUGCCCAUGGCUUCAAUGCCGAUACCUACCGCAUGAGUGGCCGUGGUCACGACAUUGUCGAUCGCAUCUUUACCUCGUGCCACGCCACUCUUUCGCUGCUCGGUUCUGUUGAGUCGGGUGCUGAGAAGGAGCAGCUACCGUGCUUCCCAAUUUUCAUGCUCUUUUCUGCCUUUACCGCCAGCGCUACUGUGGCUUAUCUCUCUCUCAAGGGCCUCACUCCCAAUAAUGCUGUUGAGACGGCUGCCCAUAUUGUUAGAGACGGUCUCCGAUUUAUGGCCGAUGGCACUGACAACUGGCCUCUGAUGGCUAGCUGGCUCCGACACCUCACCGUUAUGCAGCGUGUUCUCAAUAAUGACGCCGCCGCCGCUCCGGGCCGUGCCAGCUCCAACGCCAUCGGCGGUGUCAAAGACGAGAUCUCGUCCAACGCCGACUCGAACCCCGAGGCAAUGGACUACGACCAAAGCAAUGGUCAGCAGCACGCCACACCCCGCUCCGUUGGCGAACAUUCGCGCGAAGAUAGCGAGCCUCGCACCGUCACCAUUCCCCGUCGACCCGGUGUCACCACUAUCAAUGGCCACUCGAGUGGCGUGGCUACACCCAACAACUCGACCCCGCCCCCCAACAGCGUACCUCAAGCCACUAUGCACGAGGCGAAGCCUCAGAGCCCCGCCAGCUCCAACAGCGGCUCUUCGCAGGGUCAGGAAACGCAGACCACUGCUACCAGUCAGGAUAUGACGGCACCCGAGUUGUGCGCUGCUUUUGAAAGGCAGCUGCUUGAUCUAGAUGACCUGGCUGCAUUUAUGGGUGGCGGUGUCUAG